CAGGGCACUGCAGGAGGAGAAUUCAGAUCUUCACCAGAACUUGCUGCAGACCGUGGUUUGCAUUGAGAGCUUGGAGGUGGAGCUGCAGAGGACCAGGGAUGAGCUAAGCCAUGUCAAGGAGAAAUAUAAAAGCCUUCUGGAGACCCACUCUGGGACCAAACAGGCCAAUAGUCUGUUGGGGGAACACCUGCACAUAGCGUCAGAGAGCCUGAGCAGUGAGAGGAAGUACCUACUGAACCGUGUGUCCCAGCUGAGCUCAGAGUUGGAGGAUGCCCACAGGACCAUGGCUGCCCUGGAGAACAUUAAUGUGCCGUGCUUGAUAAAAGAGUUAUUGGAGAAGCACUUUAAUUCCGCUGAGACCACACAGAAGUUGCUGACGACCUCUGCCACAAACAACCAUUCUAGUGAGCCACCACGAGCAGACAACCCGUCAAACACUCCAAAAGAGGACGCAGCAGCACAGGAUUGGCUGGCUAAAUCAGAGGCAGGUCUGCAGAGGGUCACAGCCUUCAUACCAUUCAAACAGGGAGGGAAUGAAAGCAGUCUCUCAGACCAGGACGAGUCCAGGUACAGCCCGCCUUUCUCUGUAAAUGACAUCAGCACUGCCAUCUAUAAGAAAAUGGCUGCCAGUUAUGCUGCCAGACCCCGAGCUCUUUAUCCCCAAAGUCAGCAGCAGCCUCAAAUCAGCACCAACCAUGCUGACGCCCCACCGAAGCUCCAGCAGGACCAUGUGGGAGGUGACAGCUGGAUGGGAAAUGGAGGGGUAAAAGUAACCCUUGUGGAGCAGGACAUUGUGGAUGUGACGUCCACGUCCGCUCAGCAGAUCCUUGAUGACUUCAUGCAGCAGCUGCAAGCCCAGAAGGAGGUGGAGGAAAGGAGCACUAGGGUGGGCAGUAGUGGGCGGGUGGAGCAGACAAAAUAGGCAAAGUGGCAGACUGAAAGUGCCACCCAACAGCAUGGCAUAUAUUUCAUCUAUAUAUGUAUCUAUUUUAUCCACAAAGUAACUGUUCUGCUAAAGAUGAGAAAAAUCAUUUUUACAGCUUGUAUAUAUUGUACUGAAAAUAAAAUUUUAAAGCCAGAAGCCAUACAGGGAAAGGAAAUCCCUGCUUGAUGUAAAAAUAUAAAAAUUGGCAAAUUGGAAGAUUUUAGAAGAAGUAGAUUGGAUAAAAAUUGUUUGCUAUAUAAGAGGCAAACACUUUUUGCCUCGCAGUUAAUGCAUAGAUAAUAACAACGGGUAACAAUAUAAAAACAUGCAAUUAAAGAUCUGAUGAAUGUCAUGUGUAGACUUAAGUAAGCUUUUUAGAUACAUUGUCAAUUAAGAAGUCAUUAAUAUGUUUUGCUUUUUUCUAUGUCUAUUCCUUUACGGUGUAACCCUCCUCCCAACACUGUUGUCAAUAGUUAGGAUGAAAAAGGCCUUAACGCCUCAAGAGGAGUCAGUUUGAAGAAAUGUAAAUAGAACAAACUCAUCCAAACAUUUUCAUUAUAAAAUAAAUAAACACAGUCACACAAAAUUUAAAAACAGAACAAACGAAGACAAAAAC